AUGAGGGGAGAUAAAGCUGCCCGAAGGCUCAUCCAAUCCAUCGGACGCGAUGUUGUUCAUAUCAAGGUUGGAAAGGAUUUACAAGAUUUUGGUGUACACAAAAGUCUUAUUUGCCAUUACUCUCCUUACUUCAAAGCUGCAUUCACCUCUGGUUUCGAAGAAACCAGGACCGGCAUCAUGAACCUUGCCGAUGUCGACUCAGGCGUAUUCGAGCUGUUUUUUCACUGGUUAUACACGCAACGAAUUAACAAAUGGCGAAUUGCAUCUCAGUCAAGCUCAGAGGAAAAAGUAAUAGAUGCGGGUGACGAGUCAAACCAAAGAUCUCGUAUUCGUACUCUUCUAGAACUUUACGUCUUUGCAGAUAUGAUUCAAGUACCAGUUAUCAAGAACAACUGCAUUAAAGAAUACUGCGAAAUGACGAUUCUCGAAAAAGAAUACCUUAUCGAGCAGAAAAACUUAGCGUAUAUCUGGGAGCAUACAAACGAGAGCGAUUUGGUUCGCAAAUUCAUCGUUGACUUGAUAGUCUGGGAUUUUCCCAAAAUGUUAUUUGAGAAGAAGGUGUAUUCGUUGCCUAUGGAAGGAUUCUUUUUGAUCAUCCUCGCCAUGAAGAAAAUUAUUGGCGAUGCUCGCGCCGAAUCGGCAGAAUUGGAAAGACGGAGAUCGAAGUUUAAGAGUCUUCAAUCUUUGGUCAGCCCUCUAGGAGAUCUAACCAAGUAUUAUGUGAACAUCAAGACAGAGGAUUUCCAAGACGGUGAUGCUUUAUACGUGUCGAUAGCUGAGAUGUUUGAAGAGGAGUAUGAAGUCGAGGAUAUUCUGGACUCUAAAUUGGUCGACGGUUCACUCAAGUACAAGGUUAAAUGGGUUGGAUAUUCGCAUGAUGAUCAAUAUUAUCCUGCGGAUGAUUUUGCUGGUGGUCGAAGGCUUCUUACUGCUUUUCAUCAGAAGUAUCCACGGAAGCCUGGACCUGCGAGGAAAUAG